AUGGGCUGUGCUGGACCCUCUGCUGCCUCAAUGGAAGGGAAAUUCCUUCGAAUUAACUCACUUUUCGCUACUUUAAUUCAAAGGAAGUGCCAGACCCUUCGCUGGUCCUAUUUCCAUGCUUUAGAUUCUCCUGGACAAACGGUUCAGUCUCAACCACAAAUGACAGUAGAAAAUGUCACCUUAUCAGCUAGUAUUCUAUUGAAUUAUUCUACAGUUUUCAAGUAUUUUUUUGUGCUCUUAUUAACUUUAGAUCAGACUUUCUUUAUGUGUAGGAUUUAUCUAUUGUACAGUUUUCAAUUCAUCCAUGUUAAUUUUGUACCUGUAUUUUUUUAG